AUGCAUUUUAAUAAUAUAGUAAAUCAAAUGGAUUAUCAAUCUGUUUCUGAUUUAAAAAAAUUGAUUGAAAAACUAAAUGCAAUGCAAUAUGUAAAUGGACUUGAUGUAGCUCAAGACACUAUAAAUGAGCUACACUAUAUAGCAUUUUCACCUUCUAUAAAAUGGGACUUGAUUAUGGAGACACCGGACAUCAUCCUCUAUUCAGCAGAGGAUGAGCUUGGAACUUUGCAAUACAAGAAUAUCGGCGAGUUUAAUUGCAGUGCCGAGAACAUCUGGAAUAUUAUAUAUAGAUCUCAACUUCAAGAGGAAUGGGAUGACUUUUGUUUAAAAGCGAAAAUAUUGGAAGAAUUGGAUGGAUUAAAUUUCAUUGAGUUUAGUGUUAUGGCAUCUCCACUCGGAGGAGUUCCAAGAUAUUUCUGUUUGUUCAAAUCGUGUGCAAUUGAUCUUGAGAAUCGAAAGUAUACAUUGACCUUUCGUUCGAUCGAUCAUGAAAAUGCUGACCAAGAAAUCAAUUGUAUCGAUGGUAAUGCUUUCUUUACUGAGAUUGGAACUUGUGGCUGGGUUAUCGAAGAGAUUGGUCAGAAUCGUUCAAAAGUAACCUACAUCACACAGAUCUCAGAGAGUGCUUUGGUACCACUCGUACCAAAAGACUCUUUUCCACACUUUAAGCAACUCUACAAGCAGUCAGGAAUGCACACUAUCUAUAAGCUUGUCUCACUGAAGCGUUAUGUGAAUGCCUUGAACGAUCAACAAAUGUCUUCGCUUCACCGUUACAGAUUUGGCUUCUCACAGGAAUCACUCGAGAUAUUCAAAGCGGUAUGCGAAACAAUCGAGCAAGUAGAGUUGACAGAGUGGCAUCUCUUUAGAAAGCAACGUGAUAUUGAAUUCUAUUAUCGUGAUAGCGAUGCCAAGGUAAAAGACAAGCUAACUGAGAAUCCAGAGGAUAGCUGUUUCGACAUGAUCACCACUGGAUUCAUGAGCUGCAUGAAUUGCACUACUCCCGAUAUUGUACAAUCGUUUGUGUUAUCGUACAACACUCAUCUAAUCGAUACAUGGACUUAUUACUGUGAGACUGUCAACCGAAUCAACGAUAGUACCUCUGUUAUUGAGGUCAGAUUUAGAUCAGUACUUACACCAAACACAGAGAUAAGCCAUUUCUUGUUGAAACAAGUACUGAACUUACCACUAAACAUCACAUUCAUUGGUUUCAAAUCAUUGGAUGUUCCACACAACUCUCGAAAUCUCUGGUAUUCUCCAUCCGGAUUCUAUAUAUUCCCGAUUGAAAAUGGAUGUUGUAUUAGACAUCUCUCUCACUUUACAACUGUAUUACCAGCAUCACUUAAAUCAAUACCUCAGAAAAAAAUUUUACUUUCAAUAUCAGAAAGAUACACUGUAACGAUGCAGUCAAUGAGGAAUCAAAUUAUUAAACAUUCAAUGAGCGAAGUAAAUUUGAAAGCUAUUCAAAACUAUCAACCUCUAUCAAACUGUGCUAGUUGGACAGAUUUCAAAGAUAAGAGCAUAGAUGAAGUUUUGGAUUUAUUUUUUAACCUGGCACUUAAUGAAAUGGAUAAAGAGGCAGAUGCUAUCAAUGCAAAUAAAUAUUUAGAUAUCUGGAAAUGCGAUCUAAAUUACAAUACAAAUAUAUUAAGAAAAGAAUUGGGUGCACCAAACAAGAAACUUUUGAUGGACAGCAGGCAACAACAACAACAACCACAACCCCAACAACAACCCCAACAACAACAACAACCAAAAAGAAAAUAUCACGAGAUCAUCGAAAAACCAUCAAUCAUGUCUGUCAAUCCAAAGUUUUGUUUCACAAAACCAAAUGUCAAAAAUCAGAAUAAAUCAUCAAUUUCACCAGCACCUUUUACCAAUGAUUGGGAUCAAUAUAUUAAACGUCGUCCUUUUCUGUUGUUGGUUUCAAAUAAACGUAGCUUUAAUUCACACUCAAAGAUGCCAAGAUACAAUGCCACCUUCCAUUCAAACUCACUAUUUGAUCAACUACCAGAAGAGAUUGUAGAGCUCAUUUUUUCACACUUGGAUGCAAGAGACUUGACAAAACUCUCAAUGACCUGUACAACAUUCCAUAGUGCCGCCAACAACAACUUCUUGUGGAAAUCACUAUUUGAAUCAAAGUAUAAAUCAGUAAACCUAAUCAACCAAAAUAACAGAGAUCAAAAUAAUAAUAAUAAUAAUAAUAAUAAUGAAAAUGAUGGAAAUCAUGUGCUUCGAAAUGAAAGUAGAAUUACAGAAAUCGAGAGUGAAACCAACGAUUCUCAAUCCAAUGAUAGCUCUGAAAAUUGGAGAAACAUGUAUAUCUCUCAGGAAUGCGUGCAGAACAAUUGGCGUAAAGGAAGGGCUAAGACUGGAUUCCUUCGCGGUCAUAAAGCCAAGAUUACUUGUCUACAGCUUGGUCCAGAGAUGGCUGUUACUGGCUCUAGAGACAAGGAGCUCCGUAUCUGGAGUCUGGGCACCAAGCUUUGCGAUGUCGUGUUGAAACCAACAAACUGCAGUGUAGUGUCAUUCGAAAACGACAAUCUCUCAAAGACCAACAGCCAACUGUUUCCCUAUUGCAUCGAGAAGAAUCCUGUGAUUCGAAUUGGAUUCUCCAAUGGCUUGAUCUACCAUUACAAUAUGGCCACCAAACAAAUAGUUUCACAACAAAGAUAUCAAGAUGCUCCGGCAAUCGUUCUUCACGGACACACGGCAGCUGUCAAUUGCCUCGACUUUUGUGGUAGCAACUACAUUUUCACUGGAUCCAACGAUAAGACAAUGAGAAUGUGGGACUUGCGUAAUCCAACAGCUUCAUUGCAAAUAAUUAAAUCACAUAAAUCGCAUUUGCGAUCAAUCAAACUAGUCAACAACAAAAGACUACUCUCAGCCGACGAACACUCCAUUCACAUUUGGGAAUUAGAAAACCAUAUUCCCAAUCACACAAGUGUACUAGACAACUAUCAAGUUAGUUUAUCAGCACUUUCAUCCGACGAAGAAUCUGUAUUAGCUGGAUUCAACGAUGGAACAGUAAAGUUUUAUGAUUUUACUUGA